CUGUGGUCAGGGAACUCGCUGAGCACAGCUGCGCAGCGCUGCCGGAGCGCCUGAUCCCCAGCCCAAGAUGAUUCCAGUACUGGUCUUGCUCUUACUCCUCUUGGUUGAACAAGCAGAGGCUUUGGCCGAACCUCAGCUCUGCUAUAUCCUGGAUGCCAUCCUGUUCUUGUAUGGUAUCGUCCUCACCCUGCUCUACUGUCGACUGAAGAUCCAAGUGAGAAAGGCAGCGAUAGCCAGCUAUGAGAAAUCAGAUGGCGUUUACACGGGCCUGAGCACCCGGAACCAGGAGACUUAUGAGACCCUGAAGCACGAGAAACCACCACAGUAGCUUUAGAAUAGAUGUGGUCACGUCCUCCUUCAGCUUCUAGUUUUCCUCCUAGCCCUUGUGGCAGGCAUCACAUAUGCCUCCAUGGCAUCAAUGCCAGCUGACCCUACCCUAUAAUGAUUCCAUGCCCCAGUUAAUAUACACCACUAGUUCCUCCUUCCUGUCAGAGACUAAUACUCAGAUGCUAUUUAUGGAUGUUUAUAUUCUAGUCUCACUUCCUUGUCCUACUCUUCUUCUCUUCCUCAUCUCUGACUCCCACUAGAUAGCUGCUACAAGGGAGCGCUCUCAAUAAAGCUGCCACAGACUGGACUCCA